CAUCACCCAACUAUACUAAUGACAUUAUUGCAGGUCAAACCAUUUACUAAAUAACCACCAAAUUUUAUUAAUUUUAAUCCACCCAUAACGAUUGUAACCAAUAAAAAGUGGAGAUUUUUUAUUCUGGAUGCUAGCAGUGGGAACAACUUUUGAUUCCUAUGAAGAACUGAGGACUGCUGUAAAUAAUUACGAAAAGCACGUUAAAACAAAUUAUUCCAUAAGUCGAUCAGACACUCUAAAGAAUACUUCAGAAGAAGUUAAAAAACGAUAUCUUUAUAGAAGAAUACACUUUGCCUGUAUACAAGGAGGGUUUUAUAGGGGUCAUGGAAAAGGCCAGAGAAACACAAAAACUUUAAAAAUUAAUUGUACCAGUAAAAUUGCUGUAAGAUUUAUUCAUCAGAAGGGUGAAGAUAAAUUGGUGGUAAUUAAUUUGAAUGAAAUACACAAUCAUGAUUUAGAUAACAGCCUAUUUAUAAGGUUGCCUAAACAACGCAGGUUGAGUGAUGAAGAAAAAGAAUAUGUGAUAGCUGGCCUAAAACAUGAUGACGAUAUUUCAAAGAUUCAAUCACAUAUAAAUAAAUCAGGAAAGGUAAUUACUAAACGAGAUUUAUACAAUAUGAAACGGGAUUUAUACCAUGGGAAACGGGAUCAACGCAUUAAAAAUAAAAAUACAAUCCCCUUUAUAACUCCAAAUGAAUUGACAUUAUGUGUUGAGACAGUGAAAAGAGAUAAUCCUGAAAAUAUAAUUGAGAUUAUAGCGGAAGAUGCAACUCAUAGAGGAUUACACCUUCAGGAGAAUGCUAUUGAAAAUAAUGGUGGAAAGGAUAAUGAUGUUGCGAAUCAUAAUAUAAAUGAUCACAUGACAAAAAGUGAAAAAUUUAAGCAUUUCCAAGAAUUAGCCCUUAAAAUGUCUACAUUUGCUUCUGAAUUGCCCAUAAACUUGUAUACAAAAUAUUAUACAAAUUUUUUCAAUUUAUAUGAAGCAAAAGGGAAUAUUGUAGAAGAACCUCACAAAGAAAAAGAUAUUGCUCAAGAUUCUAGAGCUAUCCUUCACGAUCUUCCUCAAUUGAAAUCAAUAAAAAUGCCAUCCUCAAGAAAUUUAUUGCCUAUAAAUAAUAUAUCAACAAAUUUUACAACUUCAAAUAUCUCUUCAGAAAUUCAGAAUCACAUACUCGAUAAACCAAAUAAUAUCCAAUUGUUGAAAACAACAGCCCAAAAUAUUUCAACGAUCUCAGUGCAUAGCGGACUUACGAAUACUACAAUUCCAAAUAGCACCUCUAUAAAUGUUAGCAAUAUAUACUUCAAGGCUCUUACAAAGAAGCUUAGUCACUGAUUCUUGUAGUAAUUAUUAUUUUUCUUUUAGUGGUUUUAUCAAAUGAUGCCCAAGUGUUGAGAAUGCCAAUUUAAACUAUGACAAUUUUCCCUGGGUCUAAAUUUACAAAUGUUGAAACUAUCAAUCACUCAAAUCUGGCAAUGGUGUAAUAUAAGAACAUCGACCAAUUGAAUAAAAAACGUUGACUUUUUUAAAAAAAGAUAAUGCACAAUAAAUUAUUUUAAUAUACUAAUUUUUACAUUUGUGAUAAUUUUGAUUCCCGAAAAUAAAACCAAGAAAAUGAUUAAUUAAUGAAUAUAAAUCUAACCCUUCAUAUUAUAAACUACCUUUAAUAACCUAUACCAAGACUUUUCGUCCGAUAGAUUAAACUGGGUACAAUAACUUUGCCUAUAAAUUAGACUUCAUCGCACUAUAUUUUGGUUUUAUAUAAAUUUUCAACCUAAAUAAAAUAGUAUAAGCUAGCAAUAAAAAAUAUUCGUUCACUAGAUGCAUUAUUUUUUUUGUAAAUUUUGGGAUCCCCCCCCCCCCCCCAGAAAGCCUGGGCAUCAUCUUAUAGAAUUUAAAUGUAUUUAAUAACGAUAUAUAUUUCGACCAAUUAAUUUACCAUCCAUUAUACGAUCUUUAUUUUGAUAAGAAAUGUUUUCAAAUUAAUUUUGUUCGAUAAUCAGUAGAAUGUGAGUCUCAAUAGUAAACCUUGUCUUUUUCUGCUUCAACUAAUACAAAGCUUUAAACGAGAACCUUUUGUUUAGGGGGGCAGGCAGGCGUAUGAACCGAAUCUAAACCCGGAAGAGUGAAGUUCAGUUUUUGAAAGUUUUUUCUGAACCCAAACCGAACCUGAAUUCAGUGUUUAGAAAUUUUUGUAAACCUAAACUCAAACUUUUUUUUUUAUCAAAACUCUGGUGCAUAGUUGGUUCAGUGCAUUUUAUAUUAAUAAUAAUAUUGGAGAUAGCUUUGAAUUAUAAUUAUUAGAACAGCUAAGUUUCUAGCUUGGAACAGGAUCACUAAGUUAAUACAAAAAUGUUAUAGGGUUUGUAAUGUUGUCAAAAAGCCUCAAUUUAGUUUUUUUUGAAAGGCACUUUUUGCGACAACAUUAUUUGUGUGUAAUAGUUCAAAUUUAUGUCGAAUUAUAUUGUAAAUAAUUUUAUAAAAAAUAUCUAAUGCAAACCCGAACCGAAGUCCCUUCUUGUUUUUCUUUUGCCCUGAACCGAACCUAAUUUAAAAUUAGAGAUGUUCAGCCUGUCAUUAAUUAUUCAUUUAUA